AUGGCAGACGAAAUCCAGAUCUCUGAAUGCAAUGGAGAUAGACUUCCUGAAAUACCACAGCUAACCAAUAUUAUAGAUCAAAUGGAUACAUUUACAGCAUGUGAAACACGUGAGAAUAAUCCAGUGUGUCCAAGUGAAAGUAAAGAGGGAUCUGGUAUAUGCUUAGAAGAGAAGAUUGAUUCUUUGGAAAUCAAGGAAAACACUGAAAAAGAGCAUCAGGCAGAACAAGACACAGCUGCUGAACAAGAUUCUGGAAGGUUAACCAGCCAUAAUACCCACUCUGAGGAGCACAACAAUGGAGAAGAUUGUCAGACCACAUUAGUAACGCUAUACACUUUUACAGAGGUGGAAGGUGUCAAUGUCCCACCACAUGACUCUCCAGGUCAGGAAGAAACCACCAAACCAGAAGAGCAAGAGGAAAACAAAGCAGAAGCACAAGAUAUCUUUAUGUACAAGCAGGCCAAAACCCUUUCAGAAACUAGGGAAGAAGAGAUGCUGACUGAGACAGAGGAAGAAAACACAUCCAUUGAAACUGACAAUGAUAAUGGACAAGGGUCAUGUGAUGAACAAGAAAAUAGACCCAGGCCAAUCUUCUCGGUCAGUCCAAGUGGCAGCCUUCUUGAAUCCAACUCAGAUCAGCAAGAACCUGGAAACCGGCCAGACAUCUCCAGGAAUAAUUAUUCCAGAUACGACACCGUAUCAUAUCGGAAGAUCCGCAAAGGAAACACAAAACAAAGGAUAGAUGAAUUUGAAUCUAUGAUGAAUUAA